UGUACUACGAACAUGUAGGUUCGUGCGAAACUAUCGUGGCAAUUUCCCUCAGAAAAACUCCACCCCUAAAGAACUAUGUGUCACUGCUCCUGACAAACAAGAAUCUCCGCUGAACAACGUUUAACAUGGAAUGGUGGAACAUAGUUACGACGGUGCUGGGCAUCGUCGGCUCGUCGAUGGCGAUAAGGGAUUGGUCCGUGUGUGAGGAUCCGACGUACUCGUGCGGUCCACUUCCGCCCAUAAUACCGGAGAGCUACAUCAUGAAGUACGAGUGGAUCGACCUGGUGCGCAAUCAGACAGGGUGGGUGGAGGAGUACUUCGACAGAGAGAAGCUGCGUGCCAAGAUCUCGGUCGUUAUACGCGGCGAGAAAGUCGUCAGCAUAUACGACUACUUCAGCGAGACGGUGGCCACGUACAGCUCUGACAGACCCGGAGCCAAGCCAUCGCUUGACCCGGAGAGCCAAGAAACGUGCGAGAUUGUCGAGAUGUCCACGUAUCGUGGCACCCAGCUUCCGUUCGGCUACAAGUAUCGCGGCGAACGACCGCGCCAAUCCCGCAUGGACAGCUCGAACGAGGCCCUGCGCUUUGGGGGGCCUUACCGUGUCCACUUCGUGCGUCCUGCCAUGGCCGAGGAGACGCGCCACCUGCCGGCCAACCUGUUCGAAAGCUGUGCCUACGACAAGGACGAAGACGCCACUUACCGCAUGCGAUACUACUGGUCGGCCAACGCGUCAUUUUUCUUCCCAAACGGAGAAGUGGAUGUUCCUAUCCGUAUCGAGCAGAAAGGGAGCUUCCCGAAUUCUGACGAGGACGAGCAAGUCAUGCCAUGGAACACGAUUCGGAAUGUCGCUUGGUACCAGUCAAACCCGGAUUUUUCGGACGAGGAUUUUGAAGUGCCUCGGCAAAUGUACUGCAAGAACAACGCCAACGACCGGGAGAUGCCACAACCACCGGACACGUUCAGCUUUCGAGUCGAAGAGGUCUCCUUUACCCUCGAUGACACCGGGUCCAAUGUCGGAGAAUUCACGUCGACGUCAUUCAAAGAGAUCUGGUACGACGCAAUGAGGCACCUGGCCAGGGUGGACAUAAUGCCAUCCGAGGAAGAGAAGCGCUGGCCGCUUAUAAACGAAACGGGCGGCUUGGAUACCAUGCUUUCGAUCGUCCUUGACUAUGGAGCAGAAGCCGCAUUCGUCACGCAUCCUUCAAGCGGGGAGUGCGUCGUGAGAAAGCUCACAACGGAUUUCUUUCUCUCGGAACCAAACGGCACCGUGGGUGUUGAAAUGUUAGACCCGGAGAAACUAUUUGGUUUCACGAAGGAACACCGCUUUCAAGGAAGAUACAAGAUAAGAGGAAUAGAGGUUGAAACAUGGACGGCUCUUAUCAAUGAAUCGCUGGAUGUUGCGGAGAAUACUAUGAAGAGGCACGAGAUAUCACUUAUGACGGACUCUGAAGCAGAGCGCUCAGGUGAGCGUGAUAUUGAGUUUGUUCCUGUCCAGGAAAGCAUCUACAUCGACAAGCAUCAGGUUACAAAGGACGGAGUAACGGAAUUCAAGCAGCACGUGGUGAUGAAGAACUACUUCAAGUUUACCUCGGAACAGCCGCCACUGUCGGUGUUUGAAGCACCGGGUUGUAUCCCUCGUCAUGAAGCAAGGACGUUCAAAGUUUCGUUCAACGGAAAGGAUUACAAGGUCAUUCGGCAAAACAGGCCAUUGUUUAUCGAUGCCCUUCGAGGAUCGCUGAAAGACUAUGGAGAUAUAGACACUAUAUUGCGAAUCGAGGUCAUCGGCGUAUACUUUUAUCGAAGAAAGAAUGAAAUAACGGCUUUCUUCAAGAUUUUGGAACCCUUGUCUGAACUUCAGCAGAAGCAUGUGGUUACUGUCGAUGAAUCAGUUCAAAAAAUUGCGCAGCGGGUCCAAAAUGGAAGCUUUAUUUUCACUCUUGUGCUUGCGGACGAAAACGACAAAACGCAGCUGCGUACCUACGAGGUGCUGAAGGACUCUUUCGUGGAGGCACAAUGGCCAAAGAUGAAAAGUACGCUUUAUUACCAACCACAGAAGGACCUUGGAUGACAUUGUUCGAAGAAAGGAAAGUUCUCCAGCUGGUCAAGACGCUGGUUAUAGCCCUGGCGUGUUCGCCGCUAUUGCGGUGACGUUCACGCUGGCCGGUAUUGCCUGCGGAGUCCUCGCCAUGCGGUUUUACCUGACCAGAAAGAAGCCCGAUGGUCUCAUCCAAAAUGAAGAGCGUCCCAUCGAGCUGCAGUGAUCUCCGCGGAACGACACAGUCAUUACGAAAUCUCAACAUGCCUCAGCAGGGUGAUUAUGCACCCAUCGCCGAACAGAAAAAUAAACGCUGACCUUCACCUUGGGUCCUAGCAGCGUA